UCAAGUUGGAAGUGGCGCGGAGGAUAGAGCUAUCCCGGAACAGAGCCGCGGCUGCCGCCAGAGCGAUGUUCCCGCAGAGCCGGCACCCAACGCCGCACCAAGCUGCAGGCCAGCCCUUUAAGUUCACUAUCCCGGAGUCUCUGGACCGGAUUAAAGAGGAAUUCCAGUUCCUGCAGGCGCAGUAUCACAGUCUGAAAUUGGAGUGUGAGAAAUUGGCAAGUGAAAAGACAGAAAUGCAGAGGCACUACGUGAUGUAUUAUGAAAUGUCAUAUGGAUUAAACAUUGAAAUGCAUAAACAGACUGAAAUCGCCAAGAGAUUGAAUACCAUUUGUGCACAAGUCAUCCCAUUUCUGUCUCAGGAACAUCAACAACAGGUGGCUCAGGCUGUGGAACGUGCCAAACAGGUGACCAUGGCAGAGUUGAAUGCCAUCAUCGGGGUACGUGGCCUACCAGGUCUACCUCCUACACAGCAGCAGUUGCAAGCUCAGCAUCUCUCCCAUGGCCAUGGACCCCCAGUACCUCUCACGCCUCACCCUUCAGGACUCCAGCCUCCUGGCAUCCCGCCCCUUGGGGGCAGUGCCAGCCUUCUCGCGCUGUCUAGUGCUCUGAGUGGGCAGUCUCACUUGGCAAUAAAAGAUGACAAGAAGCACCAUGAUGCAGAGCGCCACAGAGACAGAGAGCCGGGCACGAGUAAUUCCCUCUUGGUCCCAGACAGCCUAAGAGGCACAGAUAAGCGCAGAAAUGGUCCAGAGUUUUCCAGUGACAUCAAAAAAAGGAAGGUGGAUGAUAAGGAUAACUAUGACAGUGAUGGGGACAAGAGUGAUGACAACUUAGUUGUGGAUGUGUCUAAUGAGGACCCUUCUUCUCCACAUGCAAGCCCCACACACUCACCCCGGGAAAACGGAAUCGACAAAAACCGUCUGCUGAAGAAAGAUGCUUCAGGUAGCCCAGCAUCCACAGCCUCCUCUGGAAGUUCCUCUUCCCUGAAAUCCAAAGAAGUGAGCCUGCAUGAAAAAGCCAACACGCCUGUUCUGAAAUCCAGCACACCAACACCUCGGAGCGACAUGCCAACCCCGGGCACCAGCGCUACUCCAGGCCUCCGUCCAGGCCUCGGCAAGCCUCCAACCAUGGAGCCCCUUGUCAACCAAGCAGGAUUUGGUUUUCAUUUGGAAUUGGUACCAGGGAGUGGAAAGUUCGGACUCAAGGAGAAAUCAUGGAUUUUAUCCAGAAAAUCUUCUUUUGAGAUUAAGUCAGCAGCCGGCCUGAGGACGCCCCUGGCGGUGCCUGGCCCAUACCCUGCCCCCUUUGGCAUGGUGCCCCAUGCGGGCAUGAACGGAGAGCUGACCAGCCCUGGCGCUGCCUAUGCAGGUCUACACAGCAUGUCUCCACAGAUGAGCGCUGCAGCUGCUGCAGCUGCUGCUGCUGUGGUGGCCUAUGGGCGCUCCCCAAUGGUUGGUUUUGAUCCUCCUCCUCACAUGAGAGUUCCUUCUAUCCCCCCCAACCUGGCAGGGAUACCUGGCGGGAAACCAGCAUACUCCUUCCACGUUACUGCCGAUGGCCAAAUGCAGCCUGUCCCUUUUCCCCCUGAUGCCCUCAUUGGACCUGGGAUUCCCCGACAUGCUCGGCAGAUCAACACCCUCAACCACGGGGAGGUGGUGUGUGCAGUGACCAUCAGCAACCCCACCAGGCACGUGUACACAGGUGGCAAGGGCUGCGUUAAGGUCUGGGACAUCAGCCACCCUGGCAACAAGAGCCCCGUCUCUCAGCUGGACUGUCUGAAUAGAGAUAACUACAUCCGUUCCUGUAAAUUGCUCCCUGAUGGCUGUACUCUCAUAGUGGGAGGGGAGGCCAGUACUUUAUCCAUCUGGGACCUGGCAGCUCCGACUCCCCGCAUCAAGGCAGAGUUGACGUCCUCAGCCCCUGCCUGCUAUGCUCUGGCCAUCAGCCCCGACUCCAAGGUCUGCUUCUCAUGCUGCAGCGAUGGCAACAUCGCAGUGUGGGACCUGCACAACCAGACCCUGGUGAGGCAAUUCCAGGGCCACACAGACGGAGCCAGCUGUAUUGACAUUUCUAAUGAUGGCACCAAGCUCUGGACAGGCGGUUUAGACAACACUGUGAGGUCCUGGGACCUGAGAGAAGGGAGGCAGCUGCAGCAGCAUGACUUCACUUCACAGAUCUUCUCCUUGGGAUACUGCCCAACUGGAGAGUGGCUUGCUGUGGGCAUGGAAAGCAGCAACGUGGAAGUUCUGCAUGUGAACAAGCCUGACAAGUAUCAGCUACACCUCCACGAGAGCUGUGUGCUGUCCCUAAAAUUUGCUUAUUGUGGCAAGUGGUUUGUGAGUACUGGAAAAGACAACCUCCUAAAUGCCUGGCGGACACCAUAUGGAGCCAGCAUCUUCCAGUCCAAAGAAUCUUCAUCAGUGCUUAGCUGUGACAUCUCUGUGGAUGAUAAAUACAUAGUCACUGGCUCAGGGGACAAAAAGGCUACCGUUUAUGAGGUCAUCUACUGAGAAUACCAUGGCUUCAUAUUUCCAGUUGAAUUGGGCCAAAUGUUUGGAAUUUGUAGAAAUAGAAGUUAUAAUUUAAAAAAACCAGAAACAACAUAAAAAAAAAAAAAAACAACCCUGAAGAAACCUGUUUCCAAAUCUUGACACAGAACUGCUUUGAGUCUACAAAGAGAAGGCAACAAGUCUAUCAGUAGACAUUCACCUGUCUAACUUUGGACACCACAAUCACACAGGCCGUAGGUGUGGGAUAGAGGAGCAAACUGCUGCCUGUCGUCAGUCCUGCCUUGGCCAGCUGCGAGCUUACCUUUCUGUUCCUUACAAUUCAGUUCACCUUGAGUCCUUUGUAGAGCAGUGGUGUCUGCAAUGAACUUGUUUCUUGGUUUUGCAUCUUGUGAUUUUUUUCUUUUUGUAUUUUUUUGUUGUUUCAACAUUUGUAUAAAUUGUAAAUACAUUUGUUUUAUUACAGUAAAAACUUUAGUACCA